GAGAUUGUAUCCAAAGGGGAGAAGCUAACACAUUUUAAACAAUUCAUUUGUUUAUACGCUUCUCCUUUUUCUUCAUACAAUCGCGAUAACGUACGCAGACUUUAUUCUUAGAUAAUGGCGUUAUGGAAAUGGGCUUAUGGUGUGCUUAAAGAUCAAAAUAGCAUAUUCUUGACAAGCUUAACUAGAAGAAUCAUCUCCCGAAAUCCGGCAAUUGAAGCUGUAGUUAUCAAAGCCACCCGUCACGAUGAAUGUCCAACUGAAAAAAGGUACGUUGAUAGAUUAUAUGAAUGGAUAAAUCUAUCUCCAAAUGAUCUCAAGCCUAUCGUAUGGGCUAUUACAUUGCGAGUGGAGAAAACUAGGAGUUGGGAGGUGGCCCUUAAGGGGCUUAUGUUGAUGCACCGUGUUAUGUGCUUCAACGUUGUGGAUGUAAACAUGGUCGGACGGCUGCCAUUCAACCUCUCUAGUUUUACAGAUGGGUAUUGCGACCUUGAGGAGGCAUGGUGCCUAAAUGCAUUUGUGCGUUCCUAUUUUGCAUUCCUAGACCACAAAUCAAUCAUCCUUUUUCAAAAUCCACGAGAGGAUGAUAAUUAUAAAACAAAGUCGUUGGAUUACAAACUGUCCCAUUUCUCUAUCUCACACGACCUUAACAUGCUUCAAAAUCUACAAGGAUUACUUGAUUUUUUGCUCCAAGUAAAGCCCCACUUGGAGAUAGCAGAUGUGCCGCUUGUUGUGGAAGCCAUGGACAUGAUCAUGGUUGAGAUAUACAAUAUUUAUCAUCAAAUAUGCAUUGGAAUCGCAAGAGUUUUGCUACGAAUAUACAUGGUCGGAAAAACUGAUGUCAAGAUCGCACAUCAAAUUGUGCAAAAGGCAACACUACAAGGUGAAGCUCUCACAUUGUACUAUGAGUUUUGCAUAGAACAUGGGUUGACCACUGAAUCAAAUUGUCCCAAAGUGAAACAAAUCUCGGAAGAAGACAUUCGAGAGCUCGAGGAUAUCAUAAAUGGACCUUCACCUUCUCUUUCUAGCUUGGCCAAUGAUUACCUUAACAAGUCGAUAGUAGCGAUCAAAGAACAAGAAAAAGAGACCAUGGCAAAAAGCGAGUUGAAAACCGUAAUCACUAACCAUUGGGAGACAUUUGAUGAUACUCAAAUGGUUUUAACAAUCACAUGUGACGCUAAUAAUGUGCAUGUUAAUUCUCAUCAAGACUUACCAGAUCUCAUAAGUUUUUUGGAUUUAUUGUCAGAAUAGAGGAGAAAAAUUUUGUAUAUGUACAAUUUUGUGCACAUGCUAUCUAGAUAGUUGAAUGAGAUUUUAUUUUAAUUUUUUUU